AUGGCCCUCUCUUGCCGGAGGACCUUACCCUUGGAGUCCUUGCACAGCUCAAACUCUGACCUCGCCAGCCAGUUGGACAAGGAGCAGUGGCGGCCGCCCUGUGAAACCCAUGGCAUCCCUGUGGCAGCAGCCCCAGUCCUGGACCUGGAGGCUGAAUGUAGCUUGGACGUGAUCCUGGUAGGCUCCAGCGAGCUGUCGACUUCCUCUUCACCCAGGCUGGGCAGAGAUCACAUUGCAUAUGAAGUCAAGGUUAACCAGCGAAACAUAGAAGACAUCUGCCUCUGCUGUGGAAGUUUCCUCGUUCACACACAGCACCCUCUGUUUGAGGGAGGGAUGUGUGCCCCAUGUAAGGACAAGUUCCUGGACACACUUUUCCUGUAUGACGAGGACGGGUACCAAUCCUACUGUUCCAUCUGCUGCUCGGGAGAGACACUGCUCAUCUGUGAAAACCCCGAUUGCACCCGAUGCUACUGUUUUGAGUGUUUGGACACCCUGGUCAGCCCAGGGACCUCGGAGAAAGUCCAUGCCAUGAGUAACUGGGUGUGCUUCCUGUGCCUGCCUUUCACCCGCAGUGGCCUCCUGCAGAGGAGGAGGAAGUGGCGAGGCCAACUGAAGGCCUUCUAUGACCGUGAGUCGGAGAGUUCUCUUGAAAUGUACAAAACCGUGCCUGUGUGGAAGAGAGAACCAGUGCGGGUGCUGUCCCUUUUUGGGGACAUCAAGAAAGAGCUGAUGAGUUUGGGCUUUGUGGAAACCGGUUCUGACCCAGGAAGACUGAGGCAUUUGGAUGAUACCACCAACAUAGUGAGGAGGAACGUGGAAGAGUGGGGUCCAUUCCAUCUCCUGUAUGGUGCAACACCUCCCUUGGGCCACACCUGCGACCGUCCUCCCGGCUGGUACCUGUUCCAGUUCCACCGGCUCCUGCAGUACGCACGGCCCCAGCCUGGCAGCCCGCAGCCCUUCUUCUGGAUGUUUGUGGACAACGUCAUGCUGACCAGAGAAGACCGGGCCAUUGCAAGUCGUUUCCUGGAGACAGAGCCUGUGACCAUCCCGGACAUCCAUGGCAGAGCCCUCCAGAAUGCUGUGUGUGUAUGGAGUAAUAUCCCUGCGGUAAGGAGCAAGCACUCAGCCCUGGUUUCAGAAGAGGAGUUGUCCCUGCUGGCUCAGGACAGACAGAGAGCAAAGCUUCCCACCCAGGGGCCCACCAAACUGGUGAAGAACUGCUUUCUCCCCCUAAGAGAAUAUUUCAAAUAUUUUUCAACAGAACUCACUUCCUUCUUAUAA